AUGCCCUCCACCUUAGGGGUGGAAAGCGCUUCUCCUUUCCUUUCUAAUUUCCAUCUUCUUCGCGCUCUCCUUGGAAUUCUAGAUACAAUACGCAAGGAGAUAAGCCCUAACGAGAGGGCCCGAAGGCUUCAGAAAAAGGGGUUUAACCCUGAUAAAAGCUCUCGGGGUCAAGAAAGGGUAUGGAGUGAAUUACAACCCAGCACAAAGCGCAGCUAUGAAAGCGCCAGAAGAAUUUGGAUAGAGUACUGCCACAGCAACGGUGCUAAGGAUGAAGACAUAUUUAACCAGGAAACUAUGAAACAUUCCAUACAGACAAUCACAAUCCUUGAUAUCACACUGAAGCGACAGGCUAGAGACAAAGCGGCGCCGCUUAUUUUCCCUGUUUUUCACUAUGACUGGCUUAGGGACCAUUUCGGCACACAGAGGAAAAGCCGUGAGCUCUGGAGUAUAGUCGUCAGAGAAAAUCAAAUUGCUAGCUUUGAAGAACUCUGCGGGUGCUUCCGCAAGGGCAUAUACCUUGUUCAACUUUAA